UCUCCUCUUUGAUUUCUCUCCACUCCAAUCUUCACAAAAAUUAUAUAGAGUCUCUCUCCCAUCAACUGCUUAGUGGCUUUGUUCACUUCAAACUAUCAAAUUAAUCAUGGUCUUUUUUGUUUCCUCACGUUUUGUUCUUCCAGUACUUCUGCUAUUUAUCUCUAUUAAUCGGUUCAGUUCAGCAGCAAGGAGACUCUCCGUGUCAGAUCAAACCCAAGAACCUUUUUUGUUUCAAUACCACAACGGCCCACUCCUUACAGGUCAAAUUUCCGUCAACUUGAUCUGGUAUGGCAAGUUCAGGCCAUCUCAACGUGCCAUUGUCUCGGAUUUUAUUGACUCUGUGUCUUCUAGAAAACUCAAAACAGCACAACCCUCUGUUGCCACGUGGUGGAAAGCUACAGAGAAAUAUUUCAACCUUGUGAAACCGAAGAAAACCUCUCCUCCUCUUCUCUCACUAGGAACACAAAUCCUAGACGAGAAGUAUUCAUUGGGGAAAUCGCUCUCUGGCAAGCAAAUUGUGCAGUUAGCAUCAAAAGGUGGCCAAAAGGAUGCGAUUAACGUUGUUUUGACAUCAUCUGAUGUUGCUGUUGAAGGGUUUUGCUCUAGCAAAUGCGGUAUUCAUGGGUCUUCUUUGAGCGCUAAAAGAAUCAAUCGCAAGAUAUCUAAAUUUGCUUACAUUUGGGUUGGUAACUCUGAGACUCAAUGUCCUGGUCAAUGUGCGUGGCCAUUGCACCAGCCAAUUUAUGGACCGCAGAACCCUCCAUUGGUUGCACCCAACAACGAUGUGGGUCUUGACGGGAUGGUAAUCAAUUUGGCUAGUCUUUUGGCUGGGACUGCAACAAACCCAUUUGGAAAUGGCUAUUUUCAGGGUCCCAAGGAGGCUCCUCUUGAGGCUGCAUCUGCUUGUCCUGGGGUUUAUGGCAAGGGUGCCUAUCCUGGUUAUGCUGGGGAUUUGUUAGUGGACUCUACAACUGGUGCUAGCUAUAAUGCUCAUGGUGUUAACGGAAGGAAAUACUUGCUUCCUGCUUUAUUUGAUCCUUCAACUUCAACUUGUUCCACUCUACCGUGAGAUGUGUGAACACAUUAUGAGAGAAAUCAUAUAGACAGUAGAACUAUAACGAAGAGAGAUUGUUCUUUGAUUUAAUCAUUCUUUUAUUCAAUUAUAAUAAAAAUUUAAGCACAAUUGAAUGUUA